CUUCAAAUAUCUACAUAUAGCUGGCCAAGACCCCCGUCUCGCGUCAGGCGUCUCCGCGCCUCGCCGCAUUCCCUUCGGCUGAGCCCCGCUUAUGCCGCCCCCCCGUCGCCGGCAUUGGAAGCCGCCGGUAUGGCUAAUGGGAACUUUCGCGACCUCCACAUGACGUCGACGGAACUUAGCCGAGAUGUGCUGCCAGCCCGAGGCAAGAUUCGACGUCUUCAACGGGCCUCCCAUCUUGUCGUUGCUGCGUUUCCGUCUCCGUUAUUCCCGCACACGCCCUCACAUCAUGUCUCACCAGGUGUCUCGUGCGGCGGUCAUUGGCGCCGGCCAGAUGGGUCUCGGCAUCGCCUACGUGACCGCCCUCUUUGCCAAGCUCCCCGUUGGGCUGCACGACCCGUCCUCCAACGGCCUCAAACGCGCUAUGGAGAACCUCGACAAGAUCUUCGCACGCGACGUGGCCAAGAACCGCUUCUCGCAGGAGGAUGUCGACGCCGCGCGCGCCCGCAUCACUCCCGUCCAGGGCGACGGCACUGAUGCAAAUGGGGGUAACCCCGUGCACGCCGACACGGACAUCGUCAUUGAGGCCAUUCCCGAGAUCACCGACCUCAAGCUUGGUCUGAUGCACCGCCUGGCGACGCGCCUUCCUGCCCCCGCUAUUCUUGGCACCAACACCUCGUCCAUCUCGGUCACGCGCCUUGCUGCUGCCGCCUCACAGGCCGAUGACAACGGCGAGUCGAGCGGACGUGUUGUUGGUAUCCACUUCUUCAACCCCGUGAACAUGAUGAAGCUCUGUGAAGUCAUCCCCGCCACGCAGACAACGAGCGAGACUCUCCGCCGUGCCAAGGCAUUCGGCGAGGCCUGUGGCAAGACCGUUGCCGUCUCAUCUGACAACCCGGGCUUCAUCUCAAACGCCAUCCUCAUGCCCAUGAUCAACGAGGCCAUCAUGCUUCUGGAGCGUGGCGUUGCCACGAAGGAGGACAUCGAUACGACAUUCAAGCUUGGCAUGGGCCACCCAAUGGGCCCACUCACCCUCGCCGAUCUCAUCGGUCUCGACACAUGCCUUAACAUUCAGAACGUGCUGUACAACGAGUCCAGCGAUUCCAAGUAUCGCCCGGCGACGCUGCUCAAGCGCAUGGUCGACGCGGGCUAUUAUGGACGCAAGUCGGGGCGCGGCUUCUAUGAGUACAGCCAGCCGGGCAAGUGAACAGAGGCUCUAUGUCAUGAGUGCAAUGUGACUGAGUGCACGAGGCAGCCGGGCUCUGAAGCUGGUCGAUGUCGAGCUAACCGAUGUGCAACAGCCGGACGUGUGCGAGUCUAGGAGCUAAGCAUGAGGUGGCACAAAUUCGAAUGCAUGCUCCCAAUUACUCGGGCUCGAUGGUGCUGGUGCA